CAUGGAGAGGCUGAUGCAGUGGCAAAGGUUGAUGCAGAGAAGGAGCAUGAAACCCUUCAUCAUCUCACAAAUCAGUAUGCACUUCAAGACAUCUACAAUAUACAUGAGACUGGGCUAUUCAGAAAGAUGCCUCCCAAUUGCACACUUGCUACAAAACAGAUGUUGGGCCGCAAGAUGGAAAAACAUCACUUAUCCUAUGCAUUCACUGUCAAUGCUGAUGGAUCACACAAGCUUGAGCCACUCAUUACCGGUUGUUAUCAUUGA